AUGAACAAAAGUGAUAAUCUGCAAGACAUUUCUAUGGACUCCGAUGAUGACGACAUUUCCCUUUCUUCCUCGUUGAAGACGCCGAAUUCCGUCUGUACAAGUCGCAAUCCAAGCUCUGAUCUUGACGAUAGCUUCAAGACCACAACUGAUGAUGACUUCUACGUCAAUUCUGGAGAAACAGAAGACAUUAACACUCCUCAAGAAGAAGCUGAGUUAGUAGAAGAACAGAGAAAGUGGGUCACGGAGGGGCCACAAACUGCCAAAUGCGCGAAUCCAAAGAAAUUCUUCUGUCCCGUGUGUACCCGAGGAUUCACUACGCAGGGGAACAUGCGACGACAUCGACAGAUUGCCCACGGUGGCGGCAAGCAAUUCAAAUGUGAAAUUUGUAACAAGGACUUUGUUGAAAACCAAUCCCUUCAAGUUCAUAUAAAAACAGUGCACAUGGGAAUCAAAGAAUUCGAGUGUACAUUUUGUGGCAAAACAUGUGGCACCAAAUCCGCUCUCAAGAGUCACGUGCUGAAGGUUCAUGGAAAUUCGAAAUUUGUGACAAAGAAGACUGUGAAAUGCCAUCUAUGCCAGGCAGUCUUCCAUCAUUCUGGAAAUUUGAAACGCCACGUCCAGAACUUUCAUCAGAAUCAGUUCAACUAUCACUGUGAUAUUUGCGGCAAAAAGUUGAAGUCGAAGCAGAGUCUCAUGCUCCACAUCAACUCACAACACGAAAUGUCCAGGAGACAUCCAUGUGAUCUGUGUUACAACGAUCGCUUAAAAUUGGCUGGGAGCUCGACAACGAAAAUUCCAGAGACAAUAUUUCCGACAAGAGGCGCGCUUCUCAAUCACCUCAACUCAAUCGUUCACAAAGACAAUCCAAAUCUUCAAGAUGCCAUUGCCAAGGCAAAGGAAAAUUUCUCAAAUCAUCCACCAAACGGAAAAGUUGAAAUACGGCAAUCUGAGUUUGCCGAAAUCCCAAACAUGACUGCGAAUGGAUCCCUUCCUACAGUACGCCCUUCGUUCUCUACUUCAAAUGCUUCUUCAGAUAAGAAGGAAUGGUGGUGCGAGCUUUGUUAUGGUGGCAUCGAUACAUCUAAAUUUCAUGACAAGGCCUUGAUCAGCCUUUUCAAGAACAAGGUUUCGCUACUGGCACACUUGAAUUCUCUUGCUCACAGAGAUGACCCCCGACUUCCUGAAAUCUUGGCAAAAGUUAACGAACAAGGGUUAGAAAUGAUCGAAAACUCUGAGUUUCACAAACACGGCGUUAAAGAUUUCUUGCGAAGACCAGUCUUUAAAUCCUCCACCACUACUCCUGCGAAAACGCCUCCACCAACUUCUUCUGAAAGCGUCGAAAUUUGCGUGAAAGAAGAGAUUCACGAGGAAGAAGAAAUCACCUUCAAGGAGGAAUUUAUCGACGAUGACGAUAUUCCUCUUUCAAGGUCGCUUUUAGAGCCGCCGGAAAUGAAGAAAAGCCCCAAGAUAAUUGCAAAGAUGCCAAUCAAGGGAAAACCAAUCAUGAUACAAGGACAACCAAAAAUUAAAGUGAAAUUAGCCGGUCCGUCCGUCUUGAGUAAAAUCAAGUUCAAGCCUCUCUCAAUACUCGGCACAACUGGCCCUGUGACAAUCAAAAAGAAGCCUACCUAUACGGUGCAAGAAAUCAUUGUCAAGGAGGAGGCUGUCAACGAUGAUGACGAUUAUUUCGUCCAAAAAUAG